AUGGCUGCCACGGACGUUGACGUGUUUUCGAAUGAAGAGAAGCGUAACCUCAGUUUGGGUGGCCAUGUUGGGUUUGACAGCCUCCCUGAGCAGCUGGUCAGCAAAUCGGUCACACAGGGUUUUUGUUUCAACAUCCUAUGUGUAGGGGAGACUGGUAUCGGAAAGUCGACAUUAAUGAACACGCUCUUUAACACCAUGUUUGAGAAUGAAGAGGCGAGCCAUUACCAGAACGGCGUGUAUCUGCGGCCUCGAACAUAUGACCUGCAAGAAAGCAACGUCCGCCUCAAACUGACCAUCGUUGACACGGUUGGCUUCGGCGAUCAGAUCAACAAAGAGGAUAGUUACAAACCCAUUGUUGACUACAUUGACACUCAGUUUGAAAACUAUCUCCAGGAAGAGCUGAAGAUCAAACGCUCGCUGUUUAACUACCACGACACCAGGAUCCACAUCUGCCUUUAUUUCAUUGCCCCGACAGGACACUCCCUCAAGUCCCUGGACCUCGUUACUAUGAAAAAACUGGACAGCAAGGUCAACAUAAUUCCCAUCAUUGCCAAAGCGGACACAAUCUCCAAGAGCGAGCUUCAUAAAUUCAAAAUAAAGAUAAUGAGCGAGCUGGUGAGCAACGGCGUCCAGAUAUAUCAGUUCCCAACAGAUGACGAAACUGUCAGUGAGAUCAAUGCCUCCAUGAAUGCCCAUCUGCCAUUUGCUGUAGUCGGGAGUGUGGAAGAGGUCAAAGUGGGGAACAAAGCAGUGAGGGCCAGACAGUACCCUUGGGGUGUCGUUCAAGUUGAGAACGAGAGCCACUGCGACUUUGUAAAACUCAGAGAGAUGCUGAUCAGAGUCAACAUGGAGGAUCUGAGGGAGCAGACACAUGCCCGCCAUUAUGAGCUGUACCGGCGCUGCAAGCUCGAAGAGAUGGGUUUUAAAGAUACAGAUCCUGACAGCGAGCCAUUCAGCCUUCAGGAGACGUAUGAGGCUAAGAGGAAAGAGUUCUUGGGGGAUCUGCAGCGCAAAGAGGAAGAAAUGCGGCAAAUGUUUGUCAACAAAGUAAAAGAGACGGAAGCAGAACUCAAAGACAAGGAGAGAGAGUUGCACGAAAAGUUUGAGCAGCUGAAACGGAUGCACCAGGAGGAGAAGAAGAAGGUGGAGGAUAAGCGGGGAUACCUGGAGGAGGAGAUGAACGCCUUUAACAAGAGGAAGGCGGCAGCCGAGACGCUGUCCUUAUCUCAGCCUGUCAAGAAAGACAAGGACAAGAAAAAUUAAUUUAUGGGCGCUGUAUACCCUUCCACACACGGCCAUGGAUUUGUCCUCCAUCACCAUAGCAGCGACAACAUCUGUUUUUUGUUGGUUUGUUUGUUUGUUUUCGUUUGUUUGUUAUGACAUUCCAUCUUGAUAUUGUGCACACGGACCAAAGACACUGAGGAUGAUGAUGAUGGUGAAGCCACAGGGAAGAAAAGAGUGAAAGAUGGUGAGAGAUGAUGAGCAUAAAAUAUUCACAGUCCAUCAGAGGCCAUCUCAUUUAUUCAGGAUCUUUGUUUGUUUGUUUUGCUUUUUUUUUUUUUUUCUUCCUUUGGACACUUUUUUAAAAAUAUAUAUGUAUGUAUAUGCGUUUUGUUUUGCUUAAUUGUGAUUUAAAUAUAUUGUUGUUUUCUUUUUGUUUCUUCAUUAACUAUCCACACAAGAAAUAAGAGCUUAAAACCAUUCAAACCUUUGACUGUUUGGUACUACAACGUAACACCUGGGCAACAUUUUUGAAACUCUUCAGCAAGUAUUAAAAAAAUAAUAAGAUGUGCUUAACUUUUUUUUAAUAGAAGUGACACUUCCAAAGAAGAUAUCAGUAAAGAUUUUUGUUUUUAAAUACAUGAUCUUUCUGAAAUAUUGCCCAGAUAAAAUGUGUCGGUUAAAGUCGGUUAAAGUUGUUUUUUUUUUAUCAAUUAAGCCCAAAUAAUAUACUUAAAUAGCAAUAACUGAGCACCUGUGUACUGCAUAUUGCAUACACAUAGGUGCUGACAGCCUAAACCUAAUAAUCCUAAGUCUUUUAAAAAAAUGUAUGCAAUAUUCUGGUGCUGUUUCAGUUUAACUCAUUAAAUGUAUGUGAAUAUUUUCUAGAGCUUACCAAGCUUAAUAUGCAAAAUGUACUAGUUUUUAAAUCUGAUAUUGUUAUAAGAAGCACAUAUGAUUGUGUACAUUGUCCGUAAGUGAUUUAACUUUAUUGUAAAUGGUGAGUUGAUCGUCUCGAUGUGACUGUUAUGACAGUGGACGCAAACACAAAGCCAGUAUAUUGACGUAAACCCAGGAUUCAGGAAACUAUUCAGCUUGAUGUAGACGCGUUUACACUCAGAUGUAGAAGAGAGCAGCUGUAUUUACUGUGUGUCUUUUGGAAAUAAAUGCAACCCCCCCCACCCUUCCACUCCUGAC